AUGUUUGUAAUUACAUCAGGGGUUAGCAGUGUUGGCAGUGCGGUGUCGGGAGCGGGCGGCUACGCGGGCCUGUAUGGCGGCUACGCGGCAGCUGCGCUAGCCGGGCUAGCCGGUCCACCGCCAAAGCGCAAGCGCCGCCAUCGCACCAUCUUCACUGAGGAGCAACUCGAACAGCUCGAGAGCACCUUCGACAAAACUCACUACCCCGAUGUCGUGUUAAGGGAGCAGCUCGCGUUGCGAGUUGACCUGAAAGAAGAACGAGUGGAGGUAAGCAAUAACUUCUAA